AGACAGAAGAAGUCGAUAAAUUUGGGGAUGUCAAGCCGAGAAAGCACAUCUUCGAGCAUUUAAAACACAUAGUCAGACGUCUGGCAAUCUCCUUAUCCAGUCGAGUCAUUGGUUCUGUUUGCGCAAUUUUGCCAAGCAAAUUAACAGGCGAGUCGCUAGUGGUCACUAUGUUGUAGGAUAAUUUGUUCGCGCUAUCGCAGUCACUUAUCUCAUCUAAUCACAUCUUAUCUCAACGUGUAUAUGUCAGUCUGUUUUCUAGCGAUUCUUUCUCUCAUUUCCAAUUUCCACCCUCGCCAAUAAGCACAAUGGCAGUAACAAGCACCUCCGCACCAAGCAAAGACAAGCUCCUUCUCCUUCUGUCCGGCAAACCGCGGCCAGAAUGGAUACCACGGAUUGAGUCCAAAUUCCCGAAACUCGAGGUCUGUUGGGUGGAUGCCGACCCAGGGAACACCGGGCCGAGCAAGGAGGCCGAGGUCUGGCAGGGCGUUACGAUACUGGUGACAUACCGACCGCCCCCGGCGGAACUUAUGUCUUCGGUGCGCUUCGUGCAGCUGGUGUCGGCGGGUGCCGAUAUGUGGGCGCAGCAUGAGGUGUAUAAGGAUGAGAAAGUCAUCUUUUGCACGGCUAAUGGGUGUCAUCCACCACAGAUAGCAGAAUGGGUAAUUGGGGCAUGGCUAUCGUUUCAGCACCACUUCGCGAGAUAUGCAGCGAACAUGCAGAAGGGACACUGGGAAGCACCCUACGAAUCGACGGUGCAAGACUCGACCGAGUGCAGAAUGGGCAUCCUAGGGUACGGCGCCAUCGGCCGACAAUGCGCGCGCGUAGCCAAUGCAAUGGGCAUGGAGAUCUACGCCUACACCCGCAGCGAGCGCGUCACCGCGGCCCAGCGCAAAGAUGACAGCUACUGCGUGCCCGGCACCGGCGAUCCAGAUGGUCUCCUCCCCACUAAAUGGUUCCACGGCGCGUCCAAAGAGAGCAUCAACGCCUUUCUAGGCCAGGACCUUGACAUCCUCGUCGUCUGCGCCCCCUUGACUACAGAAACGCGGGGUAUCAUCUCGCGGGAGCAGUUCGAGAUCCUAAGCAAGAAAAAGACGUUCCUCGCCAAUGUGGGGAGGGGCCCUCAUAUCGACCAGGAGGCGCUCAUCGAGGCACUGGAGACGGGGAAGAUUCGCGGCGCGGCGUUGGAUGUUACAGAUCCGGAGCCGUUGCCUAGUGAGCACCCGUUAUGGAAGGCGCCGAAUUUGUUGAUUACGCCGCAUGUGAGCUGGCAGACGACGAAUGUAUAUGCGAGAAUUAUGGAUAUCUUGGAGACGAAUUUGGAGAGAUUGGAUAAGGGAGAGAAGCCGAUUAACAUGGUGAAUCGGGAGUUGCACUACUGAUCAGGCUUAAUGUGUAUGGGCUUGGCCUGCAGUUGUUGCAGAAAUGUCGCAUGCUUCAUAGCAGUGCUCGAUGUUAAUUGCUUGAUGCUUUUUCGACACUUGGCUGAAGGCUUAAUACCCCGAGCCAUCGGUCGGCACUCAGAACAAAGCGAAUGCCAGGCAUGCGUGCAUAUGCCAGUUGCUGAUUGUUACUGGACCAAACGACCGUCAAUAGCCGAGAGGUAAUCUCGUUGUGGAAUGUGGUCAUAUUGGUGG